AUGAACCAAAUGAUGAGAGCAGGAACUCUCCGGGAUAUAGACAUAACUGGGACACUUGAGAAAGAUCUUCAGAUUCCAAAACACUGUAAUAAGACACAGCCAUGCACCAGAAAAUCACAAUCCAACUUCUCCAACUGCAACAAUUCAUGUGUGACUAUUACUGAUGAACACUGUGUAAACGAAAGCCCCAAGGUACCUCUAGCAGCACGACGUUCCAAAGGAGGCGAUGUUUGGAAUUACUUGAGAAGAAUUUCCUUUAUCGGAAAAGGAGGUUCUACCUUACUGGAGAAGAGUUUUGACUCCAUGUACACGCUGGACAAAACAAUUGACUCAGAUUAUGGUUCCGUCGACCUGGACUGUAUUAAAAAUUUGAAUCCUGCGCCUAAACCAUCAGGUCCAGAUGUUAAGAGUGGCCACUUCAGAGGAUUGUUCAGGUUUUUUAACAGUGUGGCCGAGACUGCUCGCAAAUGGAGAAACUCUUCCAGGUCCUUCACACCUCGUGAAGGUGACUGCUCUCCUGUCGACUCCCCACAAACCCAGAGGAUUCAAAACGAUGAGCUUCACACCAAGUCCACCACUCCUGACCUGUGUGACGUGGUCUCAACGGCUGCCAGAUCUCCAAAUAUGGUCCCAAAGUCAUGGAAAUCCUGUCCGGACUCGUCGAGCACUACUGGUUUCUCAGAUGGCACCGAAUCCCAGCUCACAUCCACCCACACCUCUCUGGCAACCAUUGAGAACCACCAGAGAAGUGACGGAGCUGAGGGAAGUUCUUUAUCCGAAACUGAGCUUCAGACAGAACUUCAGGAACAUAGUGAUGUUGGGUCUGAAACUUCUGAUAGAGUUAGAAAUCAAACAAAUCAUGAAAAAAGAUGCAUCAGUAGUAAUGGACAGAUCGUUCCAGACUGCCCUGAAGAAUUAUUUAAGGCUCUUUCUCGUCCUCCUGGCAUGUCACCCCAAGACCCUCCUUUCAAAGAGGCUCUCCAGAGGUGCCGUUCACUUCCUCUUACCCAGAAUUCUGUGCACAGAGCCAGCUUGUCUCUCGCACUGCCAGUUGGCUGUGGUGGAAAAUCAGACACCAUUCAGAUGAGGAGUGAAAGCACAAGUCAGAGGAAACUUUUAAGACCAGGUUCUGGAUCUCUACAAGUCAAUCAUGUAAGUAUUAUAUUUGAUUUUUGUGCAUAGGUGGGACUGUUACCGAGCUGGGUAAUACUGGACUGAUUAUUGUUUUGUGUUUUUAGUCUUGGUAGCCUUGCAGUUGCCCUUUCUUGUGGUUUGGUUCAGUUUAAAACUGUGGAAAUUAUUUAAAUGCAA